CAUGAGUGACGUGGUUGUGUUUAAUGUCCCUGCUGUUUAAAUACGAUCGCUUGCUGACAAUACAAACACUGAUCUGACUGACCAGAAGACACGGUGCACGAGCUUUACGCAAUGACGUGGAUACUGGUGCUCGUGGCAAUCGGACUUCUUUCCGCUGUCCUUUUACUCCGCACUAGGCGCACGAGGCAAAAAAACGAGCCUCCGCUGGACAAAGGCAUAUUUCCGUGGCUUGGUCAUGCACUUGAGUUUGGAAAAGAUGCUGCCAAGUUCUUAACAAAGAUGAAGGAUAAGCAUGGAGACAUUUUUACAGUAUGUGUGGCUGGUAAUUAUGUGACUGUCCUACUGGAUUCCAAUUGCUAUGAUGCUGUGCUCACAGACACCAAAUCGUUUGAUCUGACUCGCUACAGCCAGCUUUUAAUGGACAGAAUCUUCAACCUUCAUUUGCCUAAUCAUGACCCAGUAUCUGAGAGAAAGAGAGUAAACCAAUACUUUAAUAGCUCAAAUCUGUCUCGACUCUGCAGCACAAUGCGGAACAAUCUCCAGUUCCUCAUAGCUUCAGCAGAUACACAGAACCCAACAGAAUGGAAAAAGGACACACUGUUUGACUUCUGUUACAGUUUGCUUUUCAAGGCUGGAUAUCAAACCAUGUUUAGCACAGAGAAUGAUAAUACUGCUAAAUUCACUGAUGUUUAUGAGGAGUUUCGACGGUUUGACAAGAUUUUGCCAAAACUGGCAAGACGUGCUGCAGCUAGAGAUGAGUUGAAAUUUGCCAGUUCAGCACGAAAGCGACUGUGGGAACUAUUGUCUCCAAACUGUUUUCUCACGGGAUCUGUGACCCAGUCGUGGAUGCAGACCUACUUACAGCAUCUAAAAGAGCAAGGCUUGGACACAGAGACCCAGCGGCGAGCCAUGCUGCUGCAGCUGUGGGUUACACAGGGGAAUGCUGGCCCUGCAGCAUUCUGGUUGCUGGGCUUCUUACUCACUCACCCAGAGGCUCUGAAAGCAGUGAAAGCGGAGUUGUGUAGCCUACAGCACCUCCCCCUGGACAAGACAGAGGACACACCAGUGUUAAACAGUGUUCUGAAGGAGACGCUGCGCCUCAGAGCAGCUGCUCUCAUCACCAGAGAUGUGAUGCAGGACAAAACAAUUAAAUUAAGCAACGGCCAAGAAUUUGUUCUACGUAAGGGAGAUCGCCUCUGUAUCUUCCCUUUCCUCAGUCCACAGAUGGAUCCUCAGAUUCAUCAUGAGCCAGAGAAAUUCAAGUUUGACCGCUUCCUAAAUUCUGAUGAAACAAUGUUCUGUAAAGAGGGGCUGCAAAUGAAAUAUGGUACCAUGCCAUGGGGAGCAGGGAGCAAUUUGUGUCCAGGGCGUGACUUUGCUGUUUGUGCUUUAAAACAGGUUGUGCACAUGAUUCUGACACAGUUUGACCUUGAGCUGUGUGAUUGCAAUGCAAGCAUGCCACCAGUGGACGCCAACCGUUACGGCUUCGGAAUGCUUCAACCAGAUGGGGAUUUGAAAGUCCGCUAUAAGCUCAAAAAACACAAUUAAUUACAAUAAGUAAAACUACAAUCAAAACAUUUUAAAAAUAAGUACCUUAAUUGUAUAUAGGCAUCUGCUAUUAUUUGUUCUAACUUUUUAUUGUACAGGUUUUAUAUCACCUGUUAUUUAUUUAAACAAAACAGGUCAUUUAUUUUCUCAUUUGUAAUGUACGUUUUUUAAGAUGCUGUAAUGCUGACAGUGUUCUGUUCUGUGCUUUAAUAAUAAUAAAUGAGUGUCAUUGUGUUGUAA